CGACAGGGGCGCAUUCGCCGCCUCUUUUCCUUUUCCAUAUUUUCUUCUUAUUUUUAUUUCUUCAUAGUGGAUUAUCGUAUUAAUUGUGUUAGUACAGAAAAUUUAAUAUAAAAGGUACUAAAAAAAUUAUUUUUUUACUCUUACAAAAUUGUAAUUAAAAAAAAAAAACAACCUUCUGUAUAAUCGACGCAUUGUCGUAAUUGUUGCGGUCAGCUGUUUCCGUUGGUCGUAUCUUACUUACAAGUUAUAGGCUAUGCUAGAGAAGGAUUGAAGACUACGUAAGACAGUAUUAUUGUGGGUUCGCCUUUUGUUGAUUUCACGAGUAUCGCAGAUGAGGCGGGAGUAGUCGGCUUCAACCAGAGCUCAUGUAAGCAUGUGUCAAAUUUUUUUUGUAUGGCUGCCGGUUUUGGAUAGUUUCUUCUAAAUAAUCAACCAUCUUUACACUCAUCAAAUUUAGAAAUAACCUAAAACUCUAUUCCAAGUCUCAUUUAAUAUAUUAUUCGGAGUUGGAUUGGAAUUACAAAGGAAUUUUUUUUAAAAACAGAAUAAAUAAGCAGACAAACGAGGGUAUUUGUCAUCGAUCGAUGCGGAAAAUGUGCUGAAAAAUUAUACAGAAUAGCUGUGUGAGAAAGUUUCCGUGUCAUGAUGAUGAGGUUUUUGUUGCUGAUUGUUGAGCAAGACCUAUGUAAGGGUUGGAAGGUGUGUGGCGCGAAGGAAAUUUAGAAUUGGCUUGAGGCUGAUGUGAGCGUAAAAUAUUGAGGGCAAACAUCAGAAAAGAAAAUGAAAAAGUUUAAAAGUCAAACAAAUACCGUAGUAAAUAAAUUUUAGGUAUAUUAGUGAAAUAAAAAUCUAAAUGAAGUGGAAUUUGGUGCUAAAUGGUAAUAUACCAAUGAUUCAACGGUACUAACAACUGAUCAAGGUGCAAGGAGGUCACAAAAUACUUCCUGGAUGGACUGAUAUCACCUAAUACUUGACAAACUAAAAACUUUGUUGAGUUGAUCACAGUUUAAUGAACAUUUGGAGUAGAACAUACGUUUGGAGACAAAUGUUUUCUUAUUGCUGUUCAUAUUCUAUGAUUCAGAGUUUGCAAGGACAACAAUUGAAUAAAAAUACUACAGCUGUACCAAAAGAAAAGUGGAAGAAAAGUUAAAAAUCUUCAGGAAAGUUUAAAAAGUGAAACAUUUCCUAUUAGCUUGAUGUAAUGUGAUUACAAAGUUGUGUCCAAUUUUUUUUAUUGCUAUAAGUACUUCAGAGUUGAUAAAAUAGCCUUGGAAAUAUCUUCAAUGCUUUAGGUUGAUUUAUAAUUAAUUAUUCUUAUCGAUAAAAGUGUUGAAAAGUUUUUUGCUCUUAAAAAUACUCUUGAGAGGUUUUGAAUAUUUUUAACAAAUUAUUAAUUAUUAUCGUUACCUUCAAAAUAGCUUGCCAAUUUAGUAGGGAAAUAUUUGAAAGUUUGAAAUUAUCAAUUAUUCUAUAACUAAUUUUUUUAUUGCUCUCAAGAGAACUAUUUUUUAUUAUUAUUAUUAUAAUUUAUAGAAUAAUUGGAACUACAAAUACAUGGGAUCGGAAGAUGCAGUUUAGUUUUUAUUCGGUAUCGUUGUAAUCGCGUUUAUUUAUAUCGACUCGUGUACUGCCGCAUGACCGAUCAGAAUACUUUAUUUAUCUUUUGCAUACCGAGACGUAUAUGAGGAAGAGAUUUGUCUCAAGACAUAAAGUGCAAAGAGAUCUCAUCUUAAGUGUCUUUGAGUUUAGUGCUUUUAGUAGAAAUAAUUAUGAAUUAUUCACCAAUAAAACAACCUUAGUAAAAAAUUUAUAAAUUAUUAUUUUUUUUUUUAAUCACAAAUUAUUUUUAUGAAAUAUUUAAUUUUCAAGAAAGUAAAGUGGUAAUUUAAGAAAAUUUUUUCAUGUAUUAAAGUGGCACUUUCAGUAAAAAAAAGUGAGUGGAAGUGAUAGUAAAAGGCCGGAAAUAUUAUUUAUUAUUAUUUAUUAACUCAGUAUAAUUAAAAAAAAAAAAAAACAGUGUAUUGAAUUAUUAUUUAUCAUAGUGUUUAUAAAUGAGAUAAAUAAUUUUUGAUUUUUUUAAACUAAGAAUCGAAUCUUCACGACUCAAGAGAUAAAAUACAACCCCCAGGAACGUAAGAAAAAGACAUUCAAGUAGAAGUGGCAUUUCGAAAGUAGAGCAUUGGAAGACGUUGAGAAAAUCAAGCAGGUCGAGGACACGCGAAUGCUGUGUGUCUAUUUGGCGGAGACGCUGCGGUUCGAAAUGAAUAAUAGACGUUGAAUGAGGACGUCGUGCUGGUACUUGCAAAGAGAUAGGAGACCGCCCCCAUCUUUGUCACAAGCUUUGCCAGACACCACGGCGACAAGAAUUCCCAAGAGUCAUAUCGUCAUUGAUAUUUAUAGAUGGAAGGACUCAGUAACGGAAAAGUAGAAAAAACCGAUGAUUGCUGCAACGAUAAAGACACAAUGCUUGAAAAAGAUUCAUGUGAUGAUAAUGGAAAGGUUGAAUGUCUUGAGAACAUGAAAAAUGAUAAUGAAUCAAAUAGAUUGAAUGUCAUGACGUCAGAGGAUGAAAAUAAGUUAGAAAAACGAUUGUCUCGUGAAGAUGAUCCGGAAGAGGAUGAAGGAAAAGGUUCAGAUGAAGAACAGGAGAGUAAAGAGAAGACUGAAGAAAAACGUGACGAUGAGUCGUCUACUACGUCUACGUCUACGUCUGACGAUGAAUCAGAAACAAGCUCUGAAGAGAAAACGGAGCCAUCGACUAAACCAGAAGAACCACCACCACCACCUGAGAAACCUCAAGAAAAAACUGAAGAACAACCUAAGAAUGAUGAUACUACAGAUGAAAGUGACAUUGAUGAUGAUCUUGUCUCUACUAUCAACUACAACACCAUCACUUCCUUGGCUGCACUUAAAGAUAUGCUUCAAUCUUCUGGAGAAGACUCUGACGGUGUUGACAGUUUCUUUCAUCAUUACUUUUUAUCCCAUGUAAAUCGCUUGCCAUCAAGAAACCAAACCCACAGUCCGUAUCCUUGGGGACGAAGGCUAUCGGAGUGUCGCGAAGAGGAUGAAGAUGAAACCGAAGAAGGUAAAACUAAUGAAACUUCUGCUGCUGCUACUGCUACUACUGCUAUUACUGCUACUACUACUGCUGCUGCUGCUGCUGUUGUUGUUGUUGAAAAAACGAAUGAUAAAGACACUAAAGCCGUUACAACCCAAGAAUCUCAAGAUAAAUCUGAGAGUUUGCCAUCUAAAGUGUCAAGUCCGUCCUCUUCAGAGAAAUCCAGUUCAGAGAAAAUCGAUCAAAAGUCCAAUACAACCUCAAGUGUUUCUGAAUCUAGACCACCUCCAACCUCAUCAACAGGUUCGAGGUUUACUACAACCAUUGUAACAUCACCUACAUCAAAUAAGCCUGUAUUAAGACGGAGACACACAACUGGACCAAGUAUGGCUUUUCCAGCCACUGAUCCACCAAAUUAUUCCAACAGUAUGGUCUUUUCACGAACAAGUCCUUUGCCUAGUCCACAUCUAGAUAAAAGAUUCUUUGAUUCAAGUCUGAUAGAGAUGAAAAGUCAAGCUAGCAGUUCAAGUACUCUUGACUAUGAUUCUGCUGAAGAAAUCUGGGUUCGAAGAGUUGAUUUUUUGCAAGAACGGAAACGUAAAGAGCUUGGAUCUCAACCGUUACCAACUACCGCACCAGAAGAUGGUGAUAAUUCAAACCAGAGACCUGAGGGCUCUAGACCACGAGCAGGCACAUGGAGUUCACAUUCGAGAGCAAUCAGGCCUCGAACUACAAGCAGUGCUCCAAGUUCUGGUAGCUCUACACCAUUACCACAACAAGUUGAAGUAAAAAGUGCUGGUAGAAAAGUAUCAGGUAUUCGGGGUACUCGAUCAACUUCCAAUAGCCGUAGUAAUAGUGUAGAACGUCGACGAAAUGAUGAAACAGUUAGUCCAACAAGGAGAAAUGCAUUUUUUGAAGCGUUACGACCGAGAAGCAAGUCUGAUGCUAGUAAACCAAGGAAACCCAGUAUUAUUGCUAAUGUUAAAGCACAGUUUCAGUUGUAUCGGGGCGAAAGCUCCACUGCAAGUUCAUCAAGUGAUGUAAAUACCGAAAGAGAUUCUCAACGAAGUCGAAAAGACCAUCAUCAAGAAAGACGAGCGUCUUCAUCUGAUUGCAUGAGAAAUCCUGUUAGUAGAGUUAUGGAUCUCAUUAGACGUAGUAAAAGUCCUACUACUGAAGAAAGGAAGAAAAGUAGAGCACCCGCACAGAAUCAGUCUCAAGGUCAUAAUCAACCAUCAACAUCAGCAUCAUCAUCAUCAUCUGCAUCUACUUCACAGGGUGCUUUGAGAAGGAGUUCUCUUGAUUCUGGACGAGGAAAGCUAUUGUAUGGAGCUCCUCGUAAACCUUUAUCAUUAGACCCAGCCCACACUGCAAUACUCUUCAGAAAUGCUCGAGGGCUACCAGUUGCAGAUCCUUUCAUACAAAAAGUCUCUCUUUCUGACCUUGAGAAAGAUGACUGCCAGAUCUACGUCAAAUUCUUCAAAUUUCACAAAUGCUAUGAUCUCAUACCUACCAGUGCAAAGUUGGUCAUAUUCGAUACUCGUCUGGCGGUGAAAAAAGCAUUCUUCGCACUUGUGUACAAUGGCGUUAGAGCAGCUCCACUUUGGGAUAGCUCUAAACAGCAAUUUGUAGGAAUGUUGACUAUAACAGAUUUUAUAAAAAUUCUGCAGAAGUAUUAUACUAGUCCGACAGUCACGAUGUAUGAAUUAGAGGAACAUGAACUGAAUACAUGGCGAGAUGUUUUGAAGGAUGAAAUUCAUCCUCUAGUUAGUAUUGGACCAGAUGCUUCGAUGUAUGAUGCCAUUAAAACGUUAAUUCAAAAUAGAAUUCACCGAUUGCCUGUGAUAGAUCCGGAAACUGAAAAUGUUCUAUACAUAUUAACCCAUAAGAGGAUACUCAAGUUUUUGUUCCUUUACAUUCAUGAAUUACCUAGGCCUUCCCAUGUGAGUAAGACUUUAAGAGAGUUGAGAAUAGGUACUUUUGAGAAUAUCGAAACAGCUACAGAAGAAACUAGCAUAAUUUUAGCACUUAAGAAAUUUGUAGAAAGGCGAGUUUCAGCGUUACCCAUAGUUGAUUCUGAAGGAAAAUUAGUUAAUAUUUAUUCCAAAUUUGAUGUAAUUAAUUUAGCUGCAGAAAAAACUUACGACAAUCUAGAUGUGUCUCUCAAAGAUGCGACAGAGCACAGAAGUGACUGGUUUGAAGGAGUACAAAGUUGUAAACUAGAUGAAACAUUAUUUACUGUAAUGGAACGAAUAGUAAAAGCUGAAGUUCAUAGGUUAGUGGUUGUAGAUGAAGAAGAAAAAGUCAUUGGAAUAAUAUCUCUUUCAGAUUUGUUGUAUCAUCUUGUUCUUAAGCCUGGUGGUGAAGAUGGCACAAGUACCAAAGAUAGUUCAUUAUCACUUCGAGCUGAAGAUUCAACGAAUUCAGCAAAAGCUUCAAGUUCUGGACAAUCAGAAGCAUCAUUGGCUGACGAUGAACCUGAAAGAGAACAAGAAGCCGUAGAUUCUAAUCAAGUUACAGAUGUUGAGGCUGCUCCAAGUCCAUUAUUAAGUCCUGCUACCUCUGAUAUCCUCGAGUCUCAAUCAGCAUUAGUUGAACACUCACAGAAGUCAACUUGGCGAGAGGUUGCAGUUUCCAGUGGUGAAUGAGUUGAUUGUUGAUUGUUUUACUUUCGUUAAAUCCAUUUGCGAUGCAUAUAUAUGUAUCCAUCGGAAACUACUAAAUGAAAGUUUUAAAAAUGAAGUCACUCUGAUUAGUGUUUAUUAUGCUGAAGGGGAAAUAAUUAAAAAAAAUACUCUCUUUUUAUCAAGAGAACAGGACUGAAUGCUGCCUCAUUUUUCAAACUAAUUUUAUUUUAAACUUAUAUAAAGUUAAGAGCUAUAAAUUAAAUCAAUCUUGCUAUAAUUAUGAAAAACAACAACAAAUAGUGUAUAAUGACUUAAAGCAAAAUCAUUUUUACUAGAAAAAAAAAUUUUUUCACGGCGUGAUGUAUUUGAAUUAAUAUUUGUUUCUUUUUCCAUUUCAAUCACUAUUUGCAAUCUAAUAUUACUUUUAUAUUAAAAAUUAAUUCUCGGGUAUAUUUUACUUCAACUCAUGACGAAUGAUUUUUUCUAUAUAUAAUGAAAUAAAGAAUAAUUUUGUGCAUAGUUUGGUAGAUGGUUCAAUUUAGUAUGCAUAAUAUUUAUAAAGGAAGAAAAGAUUUCAAUAAAUUUCAUUAAAAUGUGAUAGAUUAGAGAAGGCCAAUGAAAAAAUAGUUAAUUAUUCUUUUCAAACGAUGCAACUAAUUGCCAUUUAUUAAAUAAAAUAAUGGAAAAGCAUUGAUUUUUCCUGUGUAUAUAAACAAUAAAUCAUAAAAUAAUAAAUAAAUAAAUACAAUUGUCAAGCUAGUUGGUAUGGAUUGUUAGUAGCAGUAUACAAUUGACAGUUUUUAACAGCAAAUUUGUAAUUUUAAAAAUUCUCUAACUGUUGCGCUAUGCAACACUGCUAAAGAAAUCAUGACUUUGUAGAUGUAGCUCACAAAAAAUGCUUAGUAUAAAAUAUCGGCGAUACAGUUUCAUUUUUUAAAAAAAUAUAUGCAAGUCACAAAAAAUAAUUAAAAUAAUAGAAGGCAUACUAAACAUUGAAUUAAGGGCCUAUGAGAUUGAAAGAGAUGAAAAACCAAAAAAUGACUUUAGAAUUUCUAGUACUUAGUGUUUUCAAAUAAAUUUAGCUUUGGCAGUUGAUUAUUAUUUUCAUUGAGUUAUCCGCUAAUUUUAAUCAAUUAAUUUAAAUUUUGAUGUCCUUUAAAUUAAAAUUUAUAGAAUGUGUAAUAUGUUGUAUAAAAAGUAAUGUGUGUAGCGAUGACUGCAAACGGAUAUGCGUUUAAAUAUGCGAUCAUGAUUGUUAAUAUGAAUGUGUAAAUGAAAAAAGGCAUGAAGUCUUGCCACCAUCGGCAUUGUACUACAAAAUAAAAUGCUACAAAUUAUAAGGUUGUUCCCUGCAAAAUCUUACAUGCAGUCUACCAAUUCUGUAGAAAAAUAUUUUAUUAAAAAAAAAUGAAAAUGGAAGGAUAAAAGUUUAUUCAUAAAAUAAAAGAAAGCACAUAAGUUUCUUUCCGCGGUGUGCCUUUUUAAAUUAAUGAUAAAUGUUUGUAGAAAGUUACAUAUGGCAUUCUAAAUCUUUCACGAAUGCAUAUUUUAAUUUGUGAAUAUAACCAGUAAUGUACAGCAAUUUUAUUAUUUAUUCGUAUCAACAGAGAUGAUGUUCGAACUAAUUCGAUGCCGAUAUGUUAUUCAACAUCUAAUGCAUUAUAUUAUUAAUAGGGAACAUCCUUAAAUUCAGAUGAUCAACGAAUAAAGCACUUUAAACAAA